CCCGCUUUUCUCCUUUCCCACCACACAGUGUGUGGCACACACGUGCUCACCGACCAGGCGACAACCCUCAGUAGCCGGUCCCAUCCCCAAACCCCCGUUCCCCAUCCACCUCCAAGAAUCCAAGAACCCAUGGACGGCGACGUGGCCACCGGAGGCAGAGGGAGCGGCGGCGGGGGCACGAGUAUCCAGGUCACGGGGCUGGACGGCAUUGUGAACGUGAACUCGCUCUUCACCCUCGCCGCAUUCCUCGGCCUGGCCUGGCGCCCCUCCUCCGACGGGCCGGGCCUCGCCGACGGCGCCGACCACACGGGCAACCCCUGCGCGGCCGGGGACCGCGCCGAGUCCGACCUCGUCUCCUUCCACGUGCUCGCCUUCGCCUGCUUUCUCUUCUCCAGCCUCGUCGCGCUCUGCCUCAAGCAGAUCGUCCGCACCUACCCGCACUACCGCCGCGGCGGGCCCAGCUCCUCCUCCGCCGCCACGACCGUGGUCGGCAGGACGGCGAGGAUCAACCGCGCCGCGCUUCGCGUGGGGAUCCUUGCGUCGGCGGUGGGGUCCGUCGGCGGGUGCGGGUUCCUGAUGAUGGCCCUCGUCAACGUGGUGCAAGUGAAGCUCGGCCGACUCGGGUGCGGCGCCGGCGGGUCCGCCGCCUUGGUCGCCGUCGUGCCGCUCGUCACGCUCGUCCCCGUCGGCAUGCUCAUCUACAUCGGAAUCGUCUUCUACGCUUUCACCCGCUAGCUCUCAAUGCCUCAAUCAGCGGAUCAAGAAACUCCAAACCAGCAGUAUCUAGAGCAGAAUCUGGUGUUUCAGUCGUAUUUUAUCUGUGUCAUCCUUCGAUCUUUUGUGUGAUCUACAAUGAGAGACAGAGAGAGACGAAACAAAUUCAACUGACUUGUGUGUAAAUUUAAUGUCUGUGCUUGCAUUUUUCGUGAGUAUGCUUGUUUUGUGCAAACGAAUCUGUUGCAAUUUCAUCUGCAAGUUUCCACGUACU